GAGAAAGAGAUGAAAUUAAGAAAAGAGAGAGAGAGAGAGAGAGAGAUAUGAAAUGACAGAAACAGCUUUAUCUCCCUUUCCCUUUUCCUGACCUCUCUCGCUUCCAUCCCCUUUCAUAGUAAUGAUUCCAUACCUUACAUACAACACACCUCUCUCUCUCUCUCUCUCUCUCUCAAAACACUUUUCCUUCCUUUAAUAAUAAAUGCUUUUGAUUCUCCCUCUUUCUCUGCGCAUGUAAAAUCUUUGUUUCCAUCAGACUAGGUGCAGAAAGCUGUGUCUCAGAUCCCUAUAAUAUUACUUACUGCACACACACACACACACUCCGAUAAUAACAAUACACCAAACUCUGUCUAUUUCAACCAGCGUGCUUUCUUUCUUUCUUGCUUCCACAUAAUCAUCAUCAUAAUACAUAACUUCCUUACUAGAGUGGUCCUCAAUCUCAACUCAACCUUUUUCCUAAUAUAUCUUUCAUCUUUGAUUCCUCUGUUUUUUUCUUUAUUUGAAACUUGAAAUGCAAGAACCAAGCUUGGGAAUGAUGCACGGUGGUGCUGGUGGUGGUUAUGGUGGAGAUGGUGGUGGUGGAGAUAAUAGACAGCUGAAGGCAGAAAUAGCAACACAUCCUUUGUAUGAACAGCUUUUGUCUGCACAUGUAGCAUGUCUUCGUGUUGCUACUCCUAUAGAUCAGUUACCAUUGAUUGAUUCUCAGUUAUCUCAAUCUCAUCAUCUUCUACGAUCUUAUAUCUCUCAACAAACUCAUUCUCUUUCUCCUCAUGAUCGUCAACAACUCGACAACUUUCUCGCACAAUAUUUGAUAGUGUUGUGUACUUUCAAAGAACAGCUUCAGCAACAUGUCAGAGUUCAUGCCGUUGAAGCUGUCAUGGCUUGCCGUGAUAUUGAAAAUACCUUGCAAGCUCUUACUGGAGUGAGUUUGGGAGAAGGAAGUGGUGCGACAAUGUCGGACGAUGAAGAUGAACAAAUGCAGAUGGAUUAUUGUUUAGAUAAUAAUCAAUCUGGUAGUGGUGGUGAUCAUGACAUGAUGGGUCUUGGUCCAUUACUUCCUACUGAAUCUGAAAGGUCACUCAUGGAACGAGUUCGUCAAGAACUCAAAAUUGAGCUCAAACAGGGUUUUAAGUCUCGAAUUGAAGAUGUACGCGAGGAAAUAUUAAGGAAAAGAAGAGCCGGGAAAUUACCAGGCGACACAACUUCUGUCUUAAAGAAUUGGUGGCAGCAACAUGCAAAGUGGCCUUAUCCAACUGAAGAUGACAAAGCAAAACUUGUGGAGGAGACGGGGCUGCAGCUGAAACAAAUCAAUAACUGGUUCAUAAACCAAAGGAAACGAAACUGGCAUAGCAAUUCUCAAUCUGUUACCUCUUUGAAGUCGAAACGCAAGAGAGUUUACACCUUCCAGUGAGAUGGAUCAUGAAGAGAUAUAUAGUUGAUAUAUUUUGGUUGGUUAAUUGGUUUACUGAAAUUUGUAAGAUAGCUUAAUUUCUAAAGAGCUUGCAGGCUGUAAAUUUGUGGAAUUUCAUGAUCAUGAUGUAUGCAUACUUUUCUCUGUUAUUCUUACUUUCUUUUAACUAUGUCUUUGUAAAUUGUUUGUUAAGUUUCUGACCCGCUGAAGGAAUAUUACUAUGUCUAUUAUUGAUACAGAACAAGUUUUAAAGAUUCACUGUUCUUUAUACA